AUGGAAGAAAAACGACAAGACGCUCGAAGUACUCGGUCUUGUAUCGAGCGACCUUCACGUGGUGUAAGUUCAACAACUGGCACCUCAUCUAGUAAUAGUGGAUCUAGUCGCAAUAAUGUAGUGGUAAAAGUUGGUAUGGUGGGCGAUGCGCAGGUUGGUAAGACAAGUCUUAUGGUUAAAUACGUUGAGGGGAAGUUUGAUGAGGAUUAUAUCCACACAUUGGGCGUUAAUUUUAUGGAAAAGACCAUUGCUUUGCGAAAUACGGAGAUUACAUUUAGUAUUUGGGAUCUAGGGGGUCACCGUGAAUUUAUUAGCAUGCUACCGCUUGUGUGCAAUGAUGCAGUGGCCAUUUUAUUCAUGUUUGAUCUUUCCCGAAAGGCGACACUUACGAGUAUUAAAGAAUGGUAUCGCCAAGUGCGAUCGAUUAACAAGAAUGCUUUUCCGUUCCUUGUGGGAAUGAAGUACGACCACUUUGCCAAUUUUGCCAUGGAGGAACAGGAAGAUAUUACAAAACAGGCUCGCAAGUUUGCAAAGGCCAUGAAGGCACCGCUUAUCUUCACGUCAGCCUCGCACUCUAUUAAUGUGCAGAAAGUGUUUAAGGUAGUGCUUAGCAAGGUGUUUGACCUCAAGUGCACAGUGCCCAUCAUUGAUCGCGUUGGUGAUCCAAUUCUACAGUACUAG